UUUUUUCCGGGUCAGUCCCGUAAUGGGCCCGAGCCCGGCCCGAAACCGAUCGCGUUCGGUACUAUCGGUAUCAAAUCUCAAAAAGCCCCUUACGGUCCCGUCCCGUCCCGAUUUAUAAUUCCGGGCCCGGGAUCGGGUUUACCCCAAAUCUGGCCCGUCCCGGCCCGUGCCCAGCCCUAUUUUUUAUAGUCCGAGUCAAUCCCCUUAGAGAAACUGGAUCGUGCGACAAUGUGGGUGAAGGCACGGCAAGAUAAGAAUGGCUACUUCAAAGAACCUGAGGUGGAGAAGACGGCAGAAAAAAUUGAAAGGUUAAAGAAAAAGGAGUCUGACGGAGAGCUUACAACAGAUGGUUCAGAUGAUGUGCUCACCUUAGCAUUGGGGAACCCAGAGCAUCCUGGGAGGGUACGAGGCGUUGGUGGUUUCACCAAACCAGCUUCAUACUUUAACCUCCCAAAAAGCAGAAAGAAAAGUGUGGAAGAGACUGUGAGGAAGAGUGUGAAGUUGAUUUUGGAGGAGGAGAAGGAAAGUAUACUCGCUAAGGAAAGAGUUGCAUGGGAACAAGAGAGAGAUAGACAAGUUGCUGAGGAAAGAGCAUAUUGGACAGCCAAGAUUGCGAGGUUGGAAGCAAAAAUUGAUGGGAAGGAGGUGCCACUAGAGUUAUCAAAACAAUUGACGCCACUUAAUGAACAUGGUUCAGGCGAAGGGAGCUGUUCCCGACCAGCUGAGAAGAUUAUGAUUGACAUUGUGGAGGGUGAGGCCAAAACAGUGAAGAAGAAGUUGGUUUUAGCUGACGAGAAGAUAUUUGUUCAAGAGGACCAGCAAGUGGCUACAGAUCAACCAAAGCAGAAACUGACUUCUAUAAUUGAAGAGGAGGUUAGAGUCCACAUAUCUUCGAAAAAUUCUUUCAAUAAUGACAAUGAGCUGGUUGAUGGGAACGACUGUGGACUGGCAUUAGAUAGGGUGGAGAAUAUUGUUGCAUAUGGUACCGUCAUUCAAGUUAAUAUUGAGGAAGGCAAUCAGAAGAUCCAUGGGGUUCCAUUGGGAGAGGACAAUGUGCACGUCUCAGUCGUUGGAACCAUUGUGCAUGAUGCCUUGCUACCGUUUCCAAUGAAGGAUGCUGACAUAGUCACUGUCGGAGACGCCAUUGGGACUUGUGUUGCUUGGCCAAGAAAGCUGGUUGUUACCCCUGCACCAGAGGCACCCCCUAAACCCAUUGAGCAGAAAAAAACAAAGCGUGCUAAUCCGAAGAAGAGAAGCAAAGAUUCAUUUGAUGAUGACAAUGAAGACCUGGAAAACUUGUUGACGAAUCUGCCAUUACCAGUAAAGGACUUGUGUAUGUGGGCCAAGACUGGAUUGAUGGAUGGCGCCACAAUCCACACAACAUUUGGUGGGGAAAUUUUCGGUCAUUCUAGGAAAGCCGUCAUCUUUAGAAGGGAUAUCUAUAACAUGGCUAACAUGCUGGAAGUAUCUGGAGGAGCAUUGUUUUUUACAUGAGCCCUUUAAUAUUGCAAUAUUAUUUUUAUGGAGUCCUGAAGAAGUCUAAGAUGCUUGAUAUGGUUGGCUUUAUCGACCCUGCACACACCGGUAUAAUUGGGUGUGGAAAUCCCACUGAACGGGCACGGUCUAUGUCAAAUCGGUACCUGUUAGGGAAACCGGGGCAGAUAUUUUUGGUUCCAUAUAACUCAGGCGCUCAUGGGAUGUUGUCGGUGGUGAACCCGGAUGAAGAAGUCAUGCAUUUCAUGGAUCUGCUAAAAAUGCGACUUUGUGCUGGUGAAUGGAAAGCUAUUGUCGACAACUCCAUUAAAAUCUUCAAUGCCCAAAAGGGUAGGAAAGGAAGGAAAAUAAUCCAACAGAAGAAUCUUGUUUGGGAAGGGAAAUCAAAUCUUGCUUACACACAGAAGGAUAUUGAUGUGGUUCGAGCUGAAUGGGCAAAUCAUGUUAUGAUGUUCUAACUUUGGUUCUGUUUAAGGUAGAUGAGUAGCACUAGGAACUGCUUUUGUGCAUUUAUAUAUAACUGAUGGAAAGUGUUGAUGAACCUAUAUUAUGCAUGCAGUUUCUCUGCCUAGCUACUCUUUCUUUACCUUAUAGGCUUUUGACUUAGUGCAAUAUUAGGUAAAUGAUCGAGAUAAGAUGGUUUUUUGGUUCUCAAUCUCAAUCAUUAUGUAACUGUUGGCUAGGUUUAGAGUUGGAACUAUGAAUUGUAUUUUGGAUAAUGUUGAUGCAA